CUGUCCGGCUGGCUAGCUGGCUGUCUGUCGUUCACUCGGGGCUCAUGCACAGUGUUCGGCAUCAUCUCUACUUGUCGAGCCUCUGUCCAGCGAAGCGCUUGCUGCACACAGACAGACAGCCAUCAACCAGCACACCCAACAUCCAUCCACCGAUCGAAGCUUGUGUUGUCUGUUGAGAGUGAGUGUGACCUGUUGUGUGGCUGGGAAAUGUCUUGGGGUGUUGCCGCCUCAUCAAACGGCCCCCUCUUGCGCCCUCGACCGCCGCCCACCGCACCGCCAGCCACCGAAUCUGACACACAACACACACUCAUCCUGUGCACGCCACCCAGUGUGUAAUGAUUGAUUGCCCCACACACACUCACCGAGUUCCCCAUCGGCCAUCUGCACGUCGUCCUGGUCGGACCCGCCACUGACACCAUCACCACCACCAACACCAGCAGCGGUGGCAGCACCAGCAGCACCAGCAGCAGCAGCAGCGGUGGUCCCCUGGCACACACAGGGACACACAAAAGAGCAUAUAGGGACACCAAUGCAGUGAGGACGUUCAGUCUGCUUACCAUGUCUGGUGAGGGCUGGGUGGGUGGGUGUUGUUCGUCUGCAGACCGGCCGCCAUCCUCACCACCACCACCGCCACCACCUGAGCGCAAACACAACCAAAAAAUUCGCUUGGUCCCCGCCCGUCUCCUUUCCUCCCAUGCUGGUACGAACCAGUAGCUAUCGCCUCGUUGAGCUGCGGGAUCAGCCAUGCAUCGCCGCCCAUCAGCGUCCGAGCCAGCAGCGCCGCCUGGGGUCUGCCCGCAACACCUCUGCCGCCGCCCUGGGGCUCCUCGUUGCUGAAGAGCUCGAUGUAUGUCUUUCCUCCACCCUCAUUCUGGUGCAUCCAGAUGUAUGCCGCAAAUGCAUCGUCAGGUUUGUCGCCGCACACGACGACCCGUCGGCGUGUGAAGCGCCGAAGGUCGGUGCAGUCUAGGGUGCGGCCGCUCCACACUGGCGUCGGCUGGCCGAUGAGCACAUCGAUGCGAAGUGAGGCAGCAGAGGAGGGAUAAUGUUCGGCACCUGCCACACAACGGAGCCCUUGUAGCCGAACGAGAAAGCUGCAAGGGUAAGGGAGAGAGGCCAUGCAGGGAAGGCGACACGUUGCCGUUUUGUGUUUGUACGUAUGUGUUGGUUGAAGACGUACCACUUCGCCACCAAUUCGCGGAAGCUGCGGUGCGCAAGACCUAAGACUACACAGAGGAUGACCGACAGAGGUGCAAAAGGAAACGUCAAGCAGAUGAAUGUGCAAGUCUUUUGACAACUUCAUCCAUCUCACAGUCGCAGGCAGGGUCGUUGGGAUCGAAGGUAUCUCUGUAGUCUUCCGGCACACUCCAGAAGGUAUUUCUGUGGUCGGCCGGCUCCUGAGUAUACACCCUCACCCUUGUCCCACCCAGCCACUCCACCCCUUCCACCCGUCUCAGCCCCCAUCCCAGGAGAUGGCCAAACAGGCCAUACUGCCGCAUACUCGCCGCCCGGCUGUCGAUGUCUGCCUGGCUGCCCGCACACCCCACGUCGCCCUCGUCCAGCUGCAGGGGCAGCUGCUGGAUGCGCCGACAGUUCUUGGCCAGGCGGAGCAGCGGCACACUACCCGCCCAGUCGCCCCCCAGCUCCAGCACGUGCCGCAGGCGGAUCAACCGAAACACGCGACGGCGGCUGGUGGACUGACGGAGUGGCUGGUAGUCGAUGACGCCCGUCAGUCCCUUGCGCUCGAUGAGGUCGUCGAUGACGGACGUCACGGCGGUCUCGAUAGCGCUGCUGUCUGCGUGUGAUGUGCGGAUCAAUGUGUUGCUAGUCUGGGCGAAGGUGGCGGCCUCCUUGCCCUCCGCCCCCAUCCAUCCGGCGAGUGUGUGGUGGAGCUCGGGCGGCAGGCCGCACAGCCGUUGCACGAACAAGUGUGGGUCGGGGUUGACGGCACCACCACCACCACCAGCAGCAGCAGACGACGAUGGCGAUGUAGUAUCGGAGCUCUCGGCGCCGACCUGAGCCUGCAGACACCAACACCACCAACACAGCAACACAGCAACACACGCACACACACACACACACACACAGAGCCGCAUAGUGACGGCGAAGGCCGAACAAGGCCACGUAUAGUGUGUACCUUUUUCUCAUGUGACUUGGUGUUGUUGUUGGCUGGAGGACGAAGCGCAAAUAACUUCAAGUUGCCCUCCAGCUGCCACACACAGACUCGCGGAGGGAGAGAUUGGUUGACAGUGUGCAUACAGCAUCCAUCCAUCGUUGCGUACCAGUGCCAGGCCCUUCACACGCGACACAGCCGACUUGUAGGCCUCUAUCGAUGUGGAGAGGUCCGACAGCGCCCCUUUGGCAAUCUCCACUCGAGACGCACUCAUGGGCGACUCCUGCACACACAUAUACGAGCGUCAGACAACGCACACACGCACUUCUCGACACGCCCCUCCCCAUCUCACCUUGGUCUUCCUCAACAGGAACUCGAGUGCCUCAUGCGGCCUCUGCAUACACACACAAAGGGCGAGAGAUAGGCGACUGCUGAAUUGUUUGUGCCGCACGAGACCUACCUUGCAGAGCUGUCCUUGUAGGCUGGUGAAUUGGUCGCAGAUGUUACGCAGCAAACUCUGCACACACAAGAGGCGGCGCCAUCAUUCGGUGAUGAGUGUGUGGUUGGAAGCCUUGUUUGCGAGUGACUGACCGACUGAUCUGUCUGGGCGUCGCUGCCAUGCAAAACGCCACCCCCAGCGGCUGACACACACAUCGCAUGAGCUGUCAUAUAUGUGAGUCGUGCUGCACUGCCCGCAUCCGCCUCACCUGCAGCCGGCGGCUGUUCGUUCAUCAUGAUGCCGUCACUAACACACAACCGCAACACACACCUGCACAGAUCAAACACACAGAUGAGAUAUGGUCGAUGGAUGGGCCGGCCGUCAUCUCAUUUGCUCACCAGCCAGUCAGUCGUCCAGUCAGUGGUUCUCCAAGCUACCUACCAAGUCAACAAUCGCCGACCAAUCUGCGCCACUCAGGAAAGCCUCCAUCCAGCAGAGUGCUCGUCAUGUUGCCGCACGCAUGUGCCAACGAGUGUCACCCACCUGAUGCCGAAUGGCUGAUGAACGCGAGUAGAAGUGCGCAGUAGCAAUUUGCGCAGUAGAAGUGCGAUGUCUGUCUGCACCAGCAGCAGACAGGAGGCACUCGUGAACCAAUGAAUGCGGCUGAACCUGGUGUACUGCAACACACCGCUUUGGCUUUUGACAAGCUCGCAU